AUGCCUCCAGCAGCAGCUAUAGUUGAUUGCGAAUCCGUUGAAUGUAUUCAUGAUGUUGGAGGCAUAGAAGUUGAGCAUAUAGCUCUUCCUGGAGGACGAUCUAGACAUACAAAGAUAACUGCUUCACCAAGAGAUUUUAUCAUCGAAGAAGAAAGAAGGCGAUUCGCCUACCUUCAGUCAAUGACAGUGGGAUUAACCGGAAUGGCUUACAGCUUUGACUCUGUGGAUGAGAUUGACGAGGAUUCGAAUGAAGCGAAAUUAAUCAAGAGUAUUGCCCAGCGUGCAAUCGUUGCUGCUGACGAUGCGCCGAUGCCACAUGAAACAGAGGCUCGAUACUUGGAGGUUCUGGAUAGGCACAUUGAGAAGACAGAGCCAGAUUUGUCGUCUUUUGCAGCCUUAGAAGGUGAUAUUGAUGAUGUACAUCCACACAAAAACAGAGCAAGAGUAGAUGAAAUAAUGGAGCACCUGAUUGACUCCUCUUGUUGUCAAUGCAGUACCUCCGGCCCAGUACACAGACCACUACGGUCUGCAUUGAAAUCUCCGAAAUGGUCUGAUCCUGGAAUGUAUCACGCAUCAGCAACGGAUAAUAGAUCAAAAUUGUAUUCGGUGACGUUCCAAAAUGUUGACAUUCAGGAGUUCUCCAUGACUUUGGGCGAUCACCCGGCAGCUUGUUCUGGUCCUCCAGUCAGAUUAGACUGGGAUGUGAGUCUAAAGUUUUAUGAGAUCAAUCUUGAAGAAUAUGAAAACCUGCGGCUACCAAGACGCAACAGGAAAGAACUGAAAUUGAGCCUCCAACAAAGACAUAAUAUUCUGGUCAAAGAGCGAGGGUUCUCUUUUGAAGAAGUAAAGGGGGCCUGGCAUGACGCUUUGGAAAUAAGAAGACAACGCAAAGAAACCUUAGAGCGCGGCUUGGCGCUCAUGAAAUGGGAUGAAGUUUGGGAGAGCACCUGCCGGAAGUUCACUCGAUUAGUGGACUAUUAG